UGCUACACACGGAAGUGUUUUAGGCUAGCGGCAGCCAGGCUGCCGGAAGCUUCGCUAUAAUGGGCCGCAACAAGAAGAAGAAGCGAGAUGGAGAUGACCGGCGGCCCCGGCUCGUCCUCAGCUUUGAUGAAGAGAAGCGGCGGGAGUACCUGACAGGCUUCCACAAGCGAAAGGUGGAGCGGAAGAAGGCGGCCAUUGAGGAGAUAAAGCAGAGGCUGAAGCAGGAGCAGAAAAAGCUCCGGGAAGAGCGCCACCAGGAAUACCUGAAGAUGCUGGCAGAAAGAGAGGAGGCUCUAGAGGAGGCAGAUGAGCUGGAGCGGCUAGUGACAGCAAAGACGGAGUCGGUGCAGUAUGACCACCCCAACCACACAGUCACCGUGACCACCAUCAGUGACCUGGACCUCUCCGGGGCCCGGCUGCUAGGUCUGCCCCUGCCUGAGCAAGGGGACCAGGAGGAGGCGCCAUCCACGGAGAAGCCAACUAAAGCCUUGCCCAAGAAGUCCAAAGAUCCCCUGCUAUCCCAGCGCAUCUCCUCCCUCACAGCUACGCUGCAUGCGCACGGCCGGAAAAAGGUCAAAAGGAAACACCCUCGGCGGGCCCAGGACUCCACCAAGAAACCUCCUAGUGCCACUCGUACCAGCAAGACCCAGCGCCGCAGGAUGACUGGAAAAGCCAGGCACAGCGGGGAGUGAGCGCUCGAGAAGCCUGCGGGUCCCCAGCCGAAGUCCCUGGCUGUCCCUGUAAGCCAGCUGUGUUGAGGAGGAACUACAGCCUAAGCCUGGAAAGCAGGACUUCUCCAGCCUGGGGCUGUCCCUGCUUGGGGACCAUCCCGGGGUUGAGCCCAGAAGGAAUGGACUUCCUAGAGCCCAGGUCCUGGAGCCUGCAGAGCACUGUCCGGGCCUCCUCACCAAUGUACAUCACCUGGGCCUCAGCAGUCCUUGAAACUC